AUGCACCUCCAGCUCAGACACAGCUGUCCACAGAGGCACACUUUGAACCGUUCAGAUGUCACCUAUGGAGAGACUGAAAAUGUACCAGUAAACAGCCUUCCAGCACAGAUAUAUCAGUUACAGAUUUUGGCAUCAGAACUGAAGUCAGGAUUUGCUGACGCAAUGCAGGAGUUGUCCAGAAUACAGCAUGGAGAGUACGCCCUGGAGGAGAAGGUUAAGAGCUGCCGCUGUACCAUGGAAGAAAAAGUUACAGAGAUGAAGAAUUCACUGAACAACUUAAAAGAAGAGGUCAACACAGCUAUGGCAAUGAUUCAUGCAAUAAUUGCCAAACAAGAGGAGAUGCAGCAGAAAAUUGAGCAACUUCAGCAGGAAAAGAGAAGAGAGUCUCGCAAAGUGAAAAACAAAAGGAUUCAGAAGGAAGACCACAUGGUACAGUCACAAGCGCCACAGAACAACAAUUUUCAGCCCUCCGGCCACUCUGAGCCAAUGCUUAUUAAUCACCAUUUUAAUAACCUGACUUCCUAUGAGAAAGGUAGUGUCUCAAAUAGAGUCGCGUGUGGAUGCGACAUGGUCACAGUAACGAUCCAGACACGAGCCACUCAUGAAGAGACUGAUGAAAGCUUUAAAUCUUCGGUGUCAGCUGAGGCACAUACACGAGUGUACAUGCCUUCUCUUGUCUGGAGACAGCAAAAGGAUGGGAGUGAAUGGGAUGAGGAACAUUCUCCAAAGAAGCAAACAGAAAGACUACAAGAGACAACACAGAGCAGAAAUAUCCCUGUGGAAAACGCGUUAAGUGAACCUAAAGUUUUUGCAAGAAGGCAAAGUGCUGCCAAAGACCUUUUGGAGUCAGAGAGAAAAUAUGUGCUGAAUCUGUCUCAUAUUUUAAAGAUCAGGGCCACCUUACAAGGGUCUGACAUUAAGAGGACGGCCAAAGAGAGAAGUUUCUUCCCUAGUUCCUUGCGAUAUUUGAUCCAGCAUCAUCUUGACCUCCUCCACAUACUCCAGGAGAGAGUCGUCAAAUGGUCCCGGCAAGGUAUCCUUGGAGACAUAUUCUUGAAGCUAACCAAUGAUGAGAACAAUUUCUUGGACUACUAUGUGGCUUACUUGAAAGACUUGCCAGAAAGCAUUUCAGUAAUUCAUAUUGUGGUUCUGAAAGAGGCGGAGGAAGAUAUUAAGUCAGAUCUUUACAUAUUGCUUUUUCAUGUAGUACAGCGAAUCCCAGAAUAUCUUAUUCUCUUACAGAAUAUCCUAAAAUACACAGAACAGGAACACCCAGAUUAUUACUUACUUCUGGUCUGCGUUCAACGUCUUCGAGUUUUCAUCUCUCACUAUAGUGUGCUGUUUCAGUAUAACGAAGACCUUCUCAUUCAGAAGAGAAAAAAAUUAAAGAAGUCCUCAUUGAUAAAGCUGUACAAAGGUCUUGCUUCUCAGUGCUCUGGAUAUACACAGGAAAUUCCUCCUAAUCUGAGUAACGCUACUAUCAUCAAGGAAAAUGCAAUUCAGUCAGAUGAAACACUUCAGGCUUACCCUUCAGCAUCAGGAUCCAGCUCAUCUGUUACACAUCUGGUGCACCAAGUGAAGAACAGCCGUCAUAGUCCGGUUGAAAACAUCCAGUCAGUAAAAUCGUCAGAAUGGGAUGUUGAUGUAAAGAAACAUGACAGAUCAGAAAACCUCUUGGCUCCGACCCCAUUUCCUGGAGCAGAGCAAGAACACAAUUCCAUGUUGGCCCCUUUACAGUCAAUACCAGAGAUGGAGUUUGAAAGCAAUCCUGUAGAUUCAGUACUCGAUGUGGAGAGAUCUGUAAGAAAAUCUGCUAAUAUAAGUGAUGGGAACUUUGCACCUAACUAUGAGGAAUUUGAAUAUGGAGGUGAAAUAAUAGGGAUUUCUACUCCGUAUGAAGAUGAAACAUUUCCCAGCAGACCUUUAUUUGAGUCUUGUUCGCCGGCUUCCUCAGAGUCCAGCCUCGAUAUUUGUUUUUUGAGGCCUGCCAACUUCACGCUAGAAUCCAACAGGAUGGAGCGUUUUGUGCAACCUCUCUCCAGAGGUUGCUUUUCUCCUGUGAGCAACAGCAGCUACAGACAUGAAGGGAUUCAUGUGAAAAAUAAGCCUCUGAGUAGGUCACUUAAGGAGUUCCCUAGGAAUCAAGAGACAGUCUCUGCCAGGCUUUACAGCACCAGGAGCACGAAUGCCGCCAGAAUGCAGCUCAGACAGGAGAGAAAUGCUCACGGGCUUUCCGCAUCAUCUCGCAACUCUCACAGACAGUUUUAUAUUCCUCAAAGGCCUCACGGUGAAAGCAGAUCUUUGUUAGAGGAGAUGCACAUGGACAGAAAUGCAAGAUUUUACCAAAAAGAUGAAACUGAACAAACGUCUUUUAGUGAGCAUCACCCAAGAUCCGAUCAAAAAGGAGGUUUCCGGAGUUCUUUCCGUAAGCUAUUUAAAAAGAAGUCCUGCGGACUAGAAAGCAAAGAGAAAACGAGUGAAAGGUCAUCAAUUGAUCAAUCUCCUACAAGAUAUGAGAUCUUCAGAGCACACUCUGCGCUAAUCAGUGAACUUGACCGGGGUACAGCUGUGUAG